AUGCGGGGAGCCCGCGCCGGGAGCCGGGCUGGGGACCGUUUCCAGGAUCCCCGCGGGCCGACCCCGGCCGCCCGAGCGCCGAGGUGCGGCGGCGAGUCUGCGGAUCAAAGGCAUCCUCCUCGGGGUGGGAGCGGGCGCCGGCCGGGGCGGCCUCGCCCCCCGCGGGCCGCGGUGACCCGGGGGUGGGGGCCGCGCGCCUCCGGCGGGGACUCCGGAGCCGCCCGCCCGCCCAGCCCGCCCGCCGCGGACGGAGCCCCGGCCGGCGCCCGCUUCGGGCGGCGCGGCCGGGAGGAGCUCCAGAGGAACGCGGUGUGGGAGCUGCCGCCCUGCCUUCCCGAGCCCGAGGAGGACCGGGAAGGGCCGAGGAGGAGGAGGAGAGCGCACACGGCUAAACCCCAGGUCAGUCCUGGCUCCCGCGCCCAGGUCUCCGCAGUCACCCAGGCUUUAGAGCAGCGGGCUCUAAGCAGGGCCGGGCCUCAGAAGUGGCAUCCCCGGCCUCUCUUUGUGUCCGGAGACCUGGAACCCGGUCAGGAGCAAACUGAGCAGUCAGCCCCCUCUCUUUGCGGCCAGAGCACAGGCCACAGACCACCCGCACCGCCUCGUAGAAAGCCUCGGGCUCCCUGGCCUGGGAAGGAGACAGGUGGACACCUCACAGAGCCAGGUGUGCCUGGCACCUCGGCAGAACGCUCACGCGUGGUACUUGCUUGCUUGUGAGUUCACACGCCCUCCUCGUGUGCACAGGCCGGUGCUACAGCGUGUGCUCCGUGACGUGCAUGCAUUCCACCCGUCAUCACACACACGACUCGCUGCACGUGUGUGCAGAACACGCAGCCAAGACGCUUCGCACACGCGGAGGUGCUGCUCCCCUGCUCGGGGGCCCUCUCCCGCCCCUCUCCUGCCCUGCAAUGUCCAAGCCUAAGCAGCAGCCCAAGUCCUGUCUCCACCCCCACAAGCUCCCCAGUGACCGUGACCCCCACGGUUGGGAAUCACCAACUAAACAAGCUUUUUUUAAUACACGGGGGGGGGGGGGGGGGGAGGGUGUCAGGCAAGUUACAUAAAAUUGUGAAUUAGUCACCACUGCAAAUAAAGAGCAGCAGCACUGUGCCACUGGGCAAUUGCAUGUUGGUGUCUUUCCAUUGUUCCCUGGGCCAUUAGUCAAAGGGCAAUUAGAAACAAUUUCUCGAUGACAAAAUUUGACUCUUUAAUUCUUCCCACCAGAGGCACCGAGGGACAGGUCCGGCGGCCAGGCCUGAGGCUGAGGUCUAAAGGGGCAGGAGGAG